CUGAGUGCUGUGUUGCAGGGAGGCCCUGUGUGCUGACCGUUGGGCGGCUGUGUUUGCAGAUGGCUUCGGAGCAGAACAAGGAAGAGGAAGAGGAAGAGGAAGAGGAAGAGGAGGAGGAAGUAGCCACGGCCGAGAGCCCUCCCCCCGCCCUCCCGGACCCCGACAGGUUGCCCCUCAGCACAAGCGCCCUUGCGGUUCCCGAGGACGAUGCCCAGGCCGGAGAGACCGGCGGGACCCCCGAAGAGGACGAGGCGGGCAGGGUCCCGUCUCCGGAGCCCCCCGAGGAGCCCCCCGUUGUGGGCGCUCCGGAUGAGGAGGAGCCCCCCCCGGGCGAGGAGGACCUUGUGGGGGGGCAGGGGACCCCCCCUCCCUCUUCCUCCUCUUCCUCCUCCUCUUCCUCCAGGGAGGGAGACCCCCUCCGUUGCUCCUCGGCGCAGCUGGGGGCCCUGAUCGCGCAGCACCACAAGCGCCAGAACGGCUGCCCCGACCUGGAGGACGCCCUGGCCGAGCGGGACCCCCAGGACCCUCCCCAGAACAUGGCUGUCCAGACAGACCUCCAGACGGCUGACCUGGAAGUGAACACGGACCAAGACGUGGAGAAGGACCUGGACAAGCUGAUGUCGGAGCGCUGGGCGCUGAAGGAGCGCUACCAGGAGGUGCUGGACAAGCAGCGCCAGGCCGAGAACCAGCUGCAGGUGCGCCUCAAGCAGCUCCAGCAGCGCCGCGCCGAGGAGAUGAAGAGCCACCAGGAGAUCCUGAAAGCCAUCCAGGACGUGACGGUGAAACGGGAGGAGACCAAGAAGAAGAUGGAGAAGGAGAAGAAGGAGUUCCUGCAGAAGGAGCAGGACCUCAAGGCCGAGAUCGAGAAGCUCUGCGAGAAGGGACGGAGGCUGCUGAAAGAACAGGAGGAGAAGGAGAGCAAGAUCGUCUCCCUCAUUGCGGAGCAGUCCCAGGAAAAGGAGGUGUGGGAGCAGGAACUGGACAAGCUGAAGAACGAGCACAAUGAGGUCAACCAGUCUGUCCUGGAGGAGACGGAACGGGCCUGGAAGGCAGAGAUCCUGUCCCUGGAGAGCCGGAAGGAGCUGCUGGUGCUGAAGCUGGAAGAGGCCGAGAAGGAGGCGGAGCUGCACCUCACCUACCUCAAGUCGGCGCCCCCGACGCUGGAGACCAUUCGGCCGAAGCAGGAGUGGGAGACCCGGCUGAACCGGAUACGGAUGACCAAGGAGAGCGUCCGGGACCAGUUCAACGACCACAUCCAGCUGGUGCGGAACGGGGCCAAGCUGAGCAGCCUGCCCCAGAUCCCCACCCCGCCGCUGCCCCCGCCCCCCUUGGAGGCGGACUUCCUUCUGCCGGCCUUCCUGCCCAGCGGCCCCCCGCCCUUCGCCAUGGUCAUGCCCAGCGCCGACCCCCGCGUGCUCUCCUUCCCGCUCAACGCUUCCGCCGCCCGGACCGGCCACGCUUCGCCCACGCCCUCCGCGCAAGGACGCAGCGGCAGCCCCGCCCUGGCCGGACCGCGGACCGCCAACCCCCCUCCGCCCGGCCUGGAGUUCCCGAGACCCCCGCCCGUGGACAAGCUGGAGAAGAUCCUGGAGAAGCUUCUGGCACGCUUCCCCCGGUGCAACAAGGCGCAGCUGACCAACACGCUGCAGCAGAUCAAGGCGGCCCGACGGACGCUGGCCGGGCUGACCAUGGAGGAGCUGAGCCAGUUGGUGGCGGCCAGGCUGGCCGAGCAGCAGGAGCAGCGGGCGGCGGCACAGCCCCCUCCCCCUCGCGGGCGGAUGUGCCCCCCGCUGUUCCCGGCUCCUCUCCCGCAGAUGGGCACCCCCAUCUUCCUGCCCGCGGCCCAGGUCUCCUACGCCGGGGGCCCCGCUCAGAACCCCGUUGCUGCCGCCGCCGCCGCCUGCAAACUGUGCCUGAUGUGCCAGAAGCUGGUCCAGCCCAGCGAGCUCCACCCCAUGGCCUGCUCCCACGCCCUCCACAAAGAGUGCAUCAAGUUCUGGGCCCAGACCAACACCAACGACACGUGUCCCUUCUGCCCCAGUCUGAAAUGACUCCGCCGAACUCGCCGCCCGGAUUUCUACAGCUCUAUAUUUAUACGGCCAUGUAUACACAUGUACAUUUUUAUUCUAUAGGGAAUGUGUGUAUAGAACGUCUGUAUACAUACUGGUUCAUAAUAAUGAUAAUAAUAAAAGUGUGUAUAUUA